UGCAGGUCAGAAGAAGGAGUGGAGAAGAUUAGAACAUUUUACACAAGGUCGCGAUUGUUAAAGGGGUUUUACGCAUAAGGCAACAGCUUUGCACAGAACAGCCAUUCCGAAGUUGCAAUGAGGGCGGUGUGUCUCCUCAUCCUCGUAUCAUUAGCGAUGUUCAGCAUUCAAUGCCAAAAUGUCCCGAGUGACUCUGGUGGAGAAAAUCCGACUCUGGACGAGGUGUUACAGCGAGCCGAGGGUCAGCUCAUGCGUUCCUUCCUCCAAAAACAAGAGGACGAUGAGAGCGCAAACGAUCUUUUUCCGGUGCAGGCAGAAUGGUUGGUAAAAAGGCAACACCCGGGCAAGCGGCAGCAUCCCGGAAAGCGCGAGGAGGACGAUUAUGAAGAAGAAUACGGGGAGCUUCAAAAGCGGCAGCAUCCCGGAAAGCGCGAAGACGAGUCGGACUUGUUCGUAGAACUCCAACGACGGCAACAUCCUGGCAGGCGCUCAGAAUUAGAAGCUCAGACAUCGCUACAAAACGACCUGCUGAACGAGUUAUCAAAGAGGCAGCACCCGGGGAAGCGGUACGACGCGUACGAGAAGCGCCAGCAUCCCGGCAAGCGUGAGGCGGAGGAGGGCGCAGCGAGCGCUGUGGACUCGUGGGAAGUGGACAAACGGCAACAUCCAGGGAAAAGAUUCUGGGACCCUUUGGAAGUGUCCACCGGGAGUCCUUGUGAUGUGCCGGGCUGCAGGAAAGCCAGUUUGCUGCUCCACUUGCUCAAAGAAGUGAAGCAAAGCCGCGCAAACGAGAAGAGGCAGCACCCCGGCAAGCGACUGACUGCGCAGGAAGAGCUGGAGGAGAUGCAAUAGGCAACACGUGCACUGUGACAAGAAAUGACACAGAUACUAGAAAGAAUAGUUCAUUCACAUCGGCACAUGGGUACAUUUUUUUCUUCCUCUUUUGCCCUUACUGCCCUUACGCCACAUGAGAUAUAUGCCAUAAAUGUUUGGCAUAUAUUAUACGUAUCAUCUUGGGUUUGUCUAACUCCAAAAAAUUUAAAUUAGCUAAAUAUGACUUUCAGGUGAGAUAAUGACCAUGCCAUGUUACAAGUUAAUUCAGCAUAAACACGCACUUACGCGGCGUAAAAAUCUGCCCAAAAUUGUCCAUAUUACGCACAGAUAGUUUGUAGCAGCUUGUUCAUCUGCUGCAAUUUUCUAAUGACGAAUUAUAGACCUUUCUCACAACUUCAGCCAAAAAGGAUAGUGGUAGUAAGUGGCCACAUAUAUCUCGCUAUAUAGUACAUAUAUAGUAAACUAAACUAUGGUGAUAUCUCAUGUGGCAACGCAACGCUCAAACUGCAUCACUUUCCGCUUCUCCCCUCCACCAGUCUUUGUGUUAGUAAGAGUUAUUUUUCUACACUAUACGCAUGCAUGAGUUGGAGAGAUUGUCAAUCUGUAAAUUAUUUUUGGUUCCAUAUA